AUGACCGGCCGAGUAUCGCGAGCCUGCGACGGCUGCCGCGUCCGCAAAGUCCGCUGCAACGGCGACCAGCCCUGCUCCCAAUGCUCCCAUCUCAGCCUCAAAUGCGUCUUCGCCCCUCCGCCGGCCAAGCGCAAACCCGGCGUCCGCGGCCGGCUCGUCGCCCAGCUUCGCAACAGCCAGGUCAAUGGCACGCCGGUCCCGAUACCAAACUCCAAUUCGUCCACAUACGUCGGUUCGGACAGCAGCCCGACAUACAGCGGCGACAGCGUCUCGCCUACAGCUCCUCCGUCAGUGACGUCCAUUGCCGGCAUCGUCAACAACCACUCCAGCCCAACAUACCACGGACUAUCACUCGCAAGCCCGUUAAGCGGCAAUGCUGUCCCUGUACCGACAAGAUAUACUACAGACUUCUUCCUGGGUUAUCUUGGCCUCUUUGAAGAGCAGGUGUAUCCGUUUAAUCCGACAAUCUCGCCCGCCGACAUGCGCGUCGCCAUCCACAACAUGCAUGCUGACUACCAGGACGCUGCGCUUGUAUACGCCUUUGCGGCCGUCACAAUCAAUCUCACGCAGGAAUCGUGGUCGGGCGGAUCGGGCACAGACGACAUUGCUUCGGAAAUGUCGACGCUGAUGGAGCUGGCGAUGCUGGCGCACAAGCACGCUGAAGCGGUGCGUAACGGCGACAUGGGCCGCUUUGGCGAGCUGCCUGUCACGCUGAAGCGCAUUGCAACAUGUAUGUUUCUAGAAAUCUGCAUGAUGGCGUUUAAACGGCACGACCGCGCGUUUGCGCUGCUUCGGGAAGCCAUCACCAUGAUCCAGAUCCUCAAUGUCCAUCAAUACCCCGCCAACCCAGACCCGACUACAACUGCCGCUUCAGAUGCUACCAACGAUCGCCGGCUUUCGCCGCGAGAUAUCUUCCGCCUUAAACGAAUAUACUGGGAAGCUUAUAUACAUGAACGCUUUCUAUCCACUGUAGCUGCUUUUCCCUGCGUCCUCCCUCCGCUCAACACUGGCGUCCCUAUUGGCGACCCUUCCAUUCCUCCGCACAUUGACGGCGCAUUUGCCCGGCUCACAUACCUAUUCAAGAUUCUUGAUGGACCAUUCCUAGCACAUUGGAUUGCCCAAAAGGACUCGUCUGCUCCUGUUCCCGAGAUGACGGCCGAAUGGAUCGAGACGAAACAAGCAGAACUUGACCAAGACGAGGCUGAUGCGGGCGAGGCCGAACGUGCCCUCGCAUCCAGCGGCCGCGGAAGCUUUACAGAGCUACAAGUUGCCGAUUUACUAAUUACACGACUCUGGUUGCGGACGCUAGUCUGGCAGUUUGCUUUGUCUCACGGUCUGUUACGCUCUGCGCCACCGCGCUCAGCGCACCAUGGCCUGUCGCUUCACUUCCCGGCACAGCGUCUUUCUUCCCAGCUUCGAAAUCUGGUGAAUAAUAUUCAAAACACAUCAAGCAUCACGUUCCACGGUAGUGGUAUUAUCCAGAAACUCUUUGAGAUCACGUCUACAGUGGCAGAUGUCCUGGCGUUGCCGCUUGGCCCUGGCCAAACCCAAGAAGAGUUCCGCGUUCGACUACAGGACUUUGAGUUUCUCGUUCGCUUUAUUUUUGGUUUUGAGCGCAUUCAAAAAGAGCAGCGGAAUUAUUUGCGAGAGAAACUCGGUGCUUUGCAGGAGCAGUACACCAUUGUCGACUUCUCUGAGCUUGCCAGCUUGAGUCCUAGCUCGACUCGAUGA